AUGACAGUCAUUACCUAUUCACACUUUUCAGGAAUUAAUGUUCAAGAAGAAAAUCUAAUGAACAUGCUCUUUGGAAAAGAUUCACAAUAUAACGCCUUGAUAACUCCGAUUGCGAACGCAAGUGAACCGUUGAUGAUCUAUUUUGGCUUAACAUUGGCUCAGAUCAUAAAUGUUUAUGAGAAAGAGCAAAUCGUCAAAGUCAAUGUAUGGCUACAACUUCGCUGGUAUGAUUAUCAAAUGCGAUGGAAUCCCGAUCGAUUUGGUCAUUUAGAAAGCAUUCGUGUACCACCCGAGAAGGUUUGGACGCCGGAUCUGGUACUGUUUAAUAAUGCGGAUGGUAAUUAUGAUGUGAGUUAUCGAGCUAAUGCAGUCAUCUCAUCGGAAGGUAAAAUUCUCUGGAUUCCAAUUGCGAUCUUUAAAUUAACUUGUACUAUCAACGUGGAAUAUUUUCCUUUCGACCAACAAACAUGUGAGCUCCGAUUUGGUUCGAGUGGACUCAGUGCCUCACAAGUUCGAUUCGGUUGGUAUGCAACUGAGAAUUCAAUGGAAUUAUCCGAUUAUGUCACAUCGGGCACUUGGACAUUGCUCAGUGCUCCUGCUGAAAUCCGCAUUGUGAAAUCGCCUGACCCACCCUAUGAUUCUCGUACUGAAAUGGUAUUUUUUAUGGGUAAGUUCAUCGCUUAUCUUCUCUACUCAUAUCAAUGUUUUUUCUCUCUCGUUUACGAAGUUAUUCAACGUCGUCCUUUAUUCUACACAAUCAAUCUGAUAGUUCCAACAAUGAUGAUAUCUCUAUUAACUGUCACGUUGUUCUGUUUACCGAGUGAUGCAGCAGAGAAAAUGGCACUCUGUACGUCGAUUCUCGUCGCUCUAGUCUUUUUCAUGUUGCUCAUCUCUCGAAUUCUUCCAUCGACAUCACUCAGUAUCCCAAUAAUAUCGAAAUAUCUGAUGUUUACAUUCAUCAUGAAUCUUCUCACGGUAUGUUUAUCCGUUCUUUCUCUAUACUUGAAUCAUCAUCGUGUACUGAUGCACACACCUGUUCCCUAUUGGGCAAGAAUCGUCUUCCUACAUACCUUACCAACCUGUCUAUUCUUACAUAAGCCACAUGAUUUUCAUUCCGUUGAUAAACGACGAGAACCACUAAUGAGUUCACCAUUGAUAUUACGAAAAAUCAAGACAAAAAGGAAAAAAUUGCCAAAGGAAAUGAAUUAUCUAAUUGAACAGUUUCUCGAAAGAUCCAAUGACAUUAAAUAUAUUUCACAAAAGAUCGCGGCGAGCACAGAAGAAAUGCAAAUUUUCAAUGACUGGAAAUACAUUUCACUCGUCAUCGAUCGUAUUCAACUAUUUAUUUUUCUCAUCGUUACAUUCAUCGGCACAGUUGGCCUCUUCGUUCAAAUCCCGAAAUUAUUCGAAUCACAACGCGACGCUAUUUGA